AUGGCGACGUCAUUUGACGGUACGAAUAAAAAUAUAGUGAUUGUAGGUGCAACAGGAAAUACUGGUUUACAACUUGUUGAACAAGCUUUAGCACUUAACUAUAAAGUAAUUGCACCUGUACGAAAUCCAGACAAAUUAGCACAUAUUAAACAUGAAAAUCUUCAGAUUGUAAAAUGUGAUUUAAUGAAUUCAUCUGAACUAGCUAAACAUCUGGGUGGAUGUGUUGCUGUUUUAUCAGCACUCGGUCAACAUGGUCUUCAAAUUUCUGCAAUGACAUUUUAUGAAGAUUCAAUGAAAUCAAUUGUAGAUGCAAUGCGCACUGCUAAAGUCAAACGAUUAAUAUGUAUGACGUCAUUUUAUACGAAAUACCAACCUGCACUAUAUCCAUUCAUCUUUCGAAUGGUUAUUCGUCCAAUGAUUGGACGUCAUCUUGAUUCAAUGUUUAUUAUGGAACAAUACCUUGAAAACGAAUGUCAAGAUAUAGAUUAUACAAUUGUCCGGCCACCUCGUUUACUUGACGAGCCUAUAAUUGAAAAACCAGUUAAAGUUCAAGAAAAUGACUAUUUUUUUCCUGAUCAAUCAACAGGCAAUCGAAUACCAAGAGCUAAUGUAGCUCGUUUUAUGUUAGAUGUAUUAAAGGAUGAAAAAUAUAUUCAUCACGGUGUUGCUAUUGAUAUAGCAAAAGCAUGA